UAAAGAGAGGAAGAAUGUGAGCCAGACAGAGGGACGGACAAAGACUCAAAGCUGCAGGAAGAAGGAAAAAUCAUGUUUAAGUUGCAACUCUGGGAAAAGACAAGUUAACAAAAAGAAACAAGACAACUCAGAUUCGUUGGUGGAAACAAAAAAACCCACAAAGAAAAGCUGGUUCAAAGGUCAAAUCUCUACAAAACUUUGAAAAACAAAACCAGGUUAGCGGGGCUCUGAAGGAGAGGGAGGUCUGAAGAGGAUCCGGACUAAAACAAAGAGAAGAACUUCAUCUUCAGGAUGUCGGCAUCUCGGAGGUGUUUGUGCUGCGUUAAAUACUUGAUGUUUGUCUUCAAUCUGAUCUUCUGGCUGGGRGGCUGUGGCCUGUUUGGUGUUGGAGUGUGGCUGUCCAUCACACAGGCAGACUUCUCCUCUCUUCCUCUCUCCUUCCCCUCACUUUCUGCUGCCAACCUGCUGCUGGUCGCUGCUGGGAUCACCAUGAUAACAGGCUUCCUGGGCUGUCUGGGCGCUCUGAAGGAGCAGCGCUGCCUGCUGUUCACAUUCUUUGUGAUCCUCCUGGUCCUGGUCCUGACAGAGGUCACUCUCGUGUUGGUGCUACACUUUUUCCAUGACAAGGUGGAUUCUAAAGCACAGGCUGAAUUAAAGGAAGGGAUGAAGGUUUAUAACACAGAAGCAGCUCUGAAACAGUCUUGGGACAACGUUCAGAAAAUGUUCAAAUGCUGCGGAGUGACCAACAAAACAGACUGGUAUGAUGUCCUGAACGGGACACUGCCCUCGUCCUGCUGUCCUGUUGGCAAGGACCGCUGUGUGGGCUGGAGUGAGCCGUGCUAUCAGAAGGUCCGACAGUGGCUGCUGGACAACAUCCCGUCGGUCCUGGUGUUUGGAGUGUGUAUCGGUGUUGUACAGAUUCUGGCCCUGGUCUUCUCCAUGCAGAUGUACUGUCAGAUCCUUCAUGCUGAGAAAAACCUGGACUGACUGAGAGUCUGAAGCUUUUUACAAACUGAAAUAAUUCACCUUCAGUCACAAAUAUUACAACAGAUUCUUCACCUAAGAUUGCAAAGGAAAGAGGAGGAUUUAYGAAGAGAAUGAUUUAAAAGUGGUUUGUUUGAUACAUUUAUUCCAUCUACAGGUCAAUAAGGCCAGCAAAUAAAGAUAUACUGUAUAUACUGAAACUUUAUGUCAUCCAGCAGACAAAUGGAUUAAAGUUCAAUAAAGUAUCAUGUUUAAUUUUUAUUAGCAUGUAAAUCAGUCACAUAUCAGCUCCUAAUGAAACAUUAUUAAGCAUUUAUUAAUUACAUAUCCUGAAUGUCCUGAUUCUACAGUGAAUAGCCCUGUAAUUAUGAAUCAUCUUGAACAAAUUAAAAUAGUGUUACUAUAAACAAAGAGGCUGCUGGUUGUUAAAUAUGAGUUUAACAAAUUAAUUUGUCUGAUUCAUAAGAUUAGUUUUUUUGUCUUAUUAACAUAUAAAUAAUAAAACCAACUUUAUGUAAUAAUACAAGAGUUAUUAAGGCUCAAACAAUAAUGUGUUUCUUUAAAGUCAAAACAUGUUUUAGGUUAUUUUAUUAAACUUAUUUUUCCACA